CAAUAAGUCUGCGUCAGUUUCAACAAAAUAAAAAACCAAGUAUUUAUUGUUGAUAAAAAAAGAAUUUUAAUUAAAAAUAAUGUCAUCAGUACUAGUACCAGAAAUUCCAGCUCCAGGAUUUUCUUUUGAUUUAUGCAAAAGAAAUGAAUUAUUGGCUAAAAAAGGAUAUGCAGCACCAAAAGCUCAAAAAACCGGUACUACAAUCGUCGGGAUAAUUUAUAAAGACGGUGUAAUUCUUGGUGCUGAUACUCGUGCUACUUCUGGUACAAUAGUAGCUGAUAAAAACUGUUCUAAAAUUCACUUUCUGUCUCAAAAUAUUUACUGUUGUGGAGCCGGUACAGCAGCAGAUACUGAAAAAACAACAGAAAUGAUAGCAAGUCAGUUAGAAUUACAUCGUCUUAAUACAGGACGUGUACCACGAGUUGUAACAGCUAAUAGAAUGCUAAAACAGCAUUUAUUUCGUCAUCAAGGGCAUAUUGGUGCUGCUCUAGUACUUGGAGGUGUUGACAUUGAUGGUCCACAUUUGUAUGCUAUUUUUCCUCAUGGUUCUAGUGAAAAUUACAUGUUUACUACUAUGGGAUCUGGUUCUUUAGCUGCAAUGGCUGUAUUUGAAAGCCGAUGGAGACCUGGAUUAACUGAAGAAGAAGGAAAAGAAUUAGUAGCAGACGCAAUUCGUGCUGGAGUCUUCAAUGAUUUGGGAUCAGGUUCCAAUGUUGAUAUUUGUGUAAUACGCAAUAACGAAGUACGUGGUGGAGUAUUUGAUUCUCGUAGUGUUGAUUAUAUUCGCCCGUAUGAUAUUGCUAAUGAAAAAGGGAAACGUCAAGGUUCUUAUCGUUAUAAACGUGGUACAACAGCUGUUCUUGACAAAUCAGUGCGUCCAAUUGUCAUUGAGCACGAGGCUGUACGUAAAAUUGAGUUGGAAUCAAUGGAUACAUCAUCUUAAAAAUAAUAUAUUAUUUUUAUUAAUAUAUAUAUACCAAUACAUCAAAUUUUUCAUCUUUCUUUUCUUUUUUUCUUUUUUUUUUAUCUAGACAUAAUUAAACGAUUGGAAUAAAGUUAUUAUGGAAAAAUAAACAUUAAAAAAUGAUAUA